UUAACCCGCGCGCGGGGGCGCCCGGGCCACUGGGCUCCGCAGAGCAAGCCAGCGGUCAGCGCAGAGCCGGAGCCGCGCACGUCCAGUCCCGAGGCCGACGCCAGCACGCCGGCAUGGCCCCCGCAGCGGCGUCGGGGGGCAGCACCCUGCCCAGCGGCGUCGCGGUCUUCACCAGUUUCCCGGACCUGCUCUUCAUCUUCGAGUUUGUCUUUGGGGGCCUGGUGUGGAUCCUGGUCGCCUCAUCCCUGGUGCCCAUCCCCCUGAUCCAGGGCUGGGUGAUGUUUGUGUCCGUGUUCUGCUUCCUGGCCACCACAACCCUCCUCGUCCUGUACAUAAUUGGUGCCCACGGCGGGGAGACUUCCUGGGUCACCCUGGAUGCAGCCUACCACUGUCUCGCUGCCCUGUUUUACCUCAGCGCCUCCGUCCUGGAAGCUCUGGCCACCAUCGGGAUGCAGGAGGGCUACACCUACAAACAGUACCACGAGAACAUCUCCGCUGUGGUGUUUUCAUACGUGGUCACUCUCCUGUACGUGGUCCAUGCAGUGUUUUCUCUCAUCAGAUGGAAGUCUUCUUAAAGCCACAGAACUUUUGCUGAAAACUCAGACGGUGUUCACUGACCAGCCCGCCUUCCAGUGUAACAUUUUAGAAUGCAGAAAUACUCCCGAGGGUGGGAAAAAGAAACCAAACAAAAAGCAACGCUCUGUCUCUUGUGGGUGUUAUGUUGACUCUCCCCUAUACCUUCAUGUCAGGGUUGGGGGGCUUGGGCAUUUAACCUCCAGUGACUGAGCUAUCUUUCUAGAGCUGUUUCCUGUUUGUGAAAGGGGGCCGCGGGGGUGGGAAAUGGGGACCGUGACCACGAAACCAAGAUGCCCUGCUAAGCCCUGCACCAGAUCUUGAGAACUGUCUGCUGGAAUUUUCCACGAGCUCUUUUGAGGACCCAUCCUGGGGCCUGUUUCCAAGUCCUCACGGAUAGCCUGCCUGUCCUGGGGGGUAGAGCUCAUCGAGCAAGGGGUAGAGCUCACUGAGCAAGUGUCUGCAGAUGUCCACGGUGGAAGAUGAUAAAACUUUGGAAAACGUCA